AUGUCUAAGGUUCUCAAGCAGUUUGAGGAAGCCCUUUUUAAGGGCGGGCUUUAUAAGAAGCUGUUCCAGAAGCAAACACCAGGAAAACGUAUUGCACCAGCGCAAGCAAAGGACAAUGACGCCAAAUUCCAGGUCCGACUGGACGCCGGCGAGACGCAAAACGGCAUUAAGAGGGUUUACUUGCAGGUAAACUCGCAGGCGAAGAACGAUUCCCUCAAGAAAUGGAGACAGAAACACGGAACGCAUAGCAACCUUGCAGUGGGUACUGUGAACGAGAACACUCUUCCAGAAGAUCAAGAGGAUGCUGCCAAGGCAUGUUGGGAGGAUUUGUCAGGUCAGGCGAAAGAGAACUUGAAUAAAGAUUGA